UCAUGCCAUUGUCGGCGGCCAUGUUUCGGAGUGAACGCAAAAAUCCAGUUCCGCAGUGUCCUCCCAGAUUAGACGUCCAGAUGCUAACCCCAGUGAUCUGGAGUCGAAUGCCCAACAACUUCCUGGCUCCAGAGACGGGCCGUGUCAGCGAAAGACUCGGCUGGAUGGUGGAGUGUAUGGAACCGCUCUCUAUGAUGGCCCUUCACAUCCCAGAGGAGAGUCGGUGCAUAGACAUACUGGAACUGUCUGAACGAAUGGACUUGCUAAAGUUCCACUACCACACUCUGAAGCUCUACGGCUCUGUGUGCGCGCUGGGUAACAACCGGGUGGCACACGCACUGUGCAGCCACGUGGACGAAUCUCAGCUUUUCUACGCCAUAGAGAGCACCUACCUGCCGGGACCAAUGAGGAGCGGCUUUUACGACCUCCUCAUCAGCAUGCAUCUCGAGUCCGCUAAACGCAAUCGCCUCGGAACGAAUAAGGAAUUCAUAGUUCCAAUGACGGACCACACGCGCAGCAUCACUCUUUACACCGUGAAGUCUCACGCUUUGCCCGGGGUCGGCCUCACCACCUGCCUCCGUCCAAAACUGCAUUUCUCAUCCGUUGGGUUUGUGGGGACAGAUCCAGAUAUUUACACUCUGAGUCCGACCAUCCCCUUACAGGUGUUAAAGACCAAGGCUCUGAACAUGCUGAUCGAAGCUGUCCAGGAUGGAAGUCAAGCCAUGAGAGACCCUGUGGGAGGCAGCGUUGAGUUUCACUUUGUUCCAAUCCUGAAACUCAUCAGCACCCUCCUCAUAAUGGGUGUGUUUGAUGAUGAAGACGUCACGCACAUCCUGAAAAUGAUUGAGCCCACAGUCUUUCAUACUUCAAAAUCAGAGGAGCCUUUGGAGGAGCCGUCAAAGGCGAACAAACAAGAGGAGCCAUCAAAAGUCGCAGUGGUCAAAGCGGAUGAGCAGGAAGUUGAGGCAGAAGAGGAAGAGGAGUUUGAAGAUUAUGGUUACGAUGAUGAGGAAGAAAUAGAGGAAGAGGAAGAACUAGAGGAAACAGAUUUAAAUGUGCCCCAAAGGGAAGCAGGGGAAAUAGAUUUCAUAAAUAGUGAGAAAGGAGCUGAGGAAACGGAGAAAGAGACAAAACCAGUGGAAACCUGUGGGGAGUCUAAGGAGGAACACCUCGAACAAGGACUUUUUCAGAUGAAACUACCAGAGUCUGUAAAACUGCAGAUGUGCACCCUGUUGCAGUACUUCUGUGACUGCGAGCUACGACACAGAGUGGAGGCCAUUGCUGCUUUCUCGGACAAGUUCGUCACCCAGAUACAGUCCAACCAGAGGAAGCGCUACAAUGAGCUCAUGAUGGCCUUCACCAUGUCGGCCGCAGAGACCGCACGAAAGACCCGUGAAUUUCGCUCUCCGCCGCAGGAGCAAGUCAACAUGCUCAUGAACUUUAAAAACUGCCCUGAUGACGAAGAGUGUCCAGUUCCCGAUGAAGUCCGUGAAUCCUUGCUGGUUUUCCAUAACGCUCUUCUGACACACUGUGGUGUUCAUAUCAAUGAGGCAGAACACGAGGAGGAGGUGGACAAUUCUCUUCGCGGGCGCCUGCUUCGUUUGCUGGAAAGGGUGAAAAAGUUUCGGCAGAAAAAAGUGGAGGUGGAGCUUGAGCCGCAGGAAGAUAAAAAACCAAGCACAUUGCAGGAGCUCAUUUCCCACACCAUGAUCCACUGGGCGCAAGAGUCAUUCAUUCAAAACCCGGAGUUAGUGCGCAUGAUGUUCAGCCUCCUUCACAGGCAGUAUGACGGACUCGGUGAACUGAUGCGAGCACUUCCCAAAGCUUACACCAUCAACGAGGUGUCGAUACAGGACACCAUGGAUCUCCUGGAGUGCUUGGGUCAGAUCCGCUCCCUGCUUAUCGUGCAGAUGGGUCCAGAGGAGGAGAGGCUCAUAAUUCAAAGCAUUGGAAACAUCAUGAGUAACAGAGUUUUCUAUCAGCACCCCAACUUGAUGCGUGCUCUGGGGAUGCAUGAGACUGUCAUGGAGGUUAUGGUUAACGUGCUAGGUGGUGGAGACUCAAAGGAAAUCCGCUUCCCUCGAGUGGUGACAAACUGUUGCCGUUUCCUCUGCUACUUCUGCCGCAUCAGUCGCCAGAAUCAGCGUUCCAUGUUUGAUCAUCUCAGCUACCUUCUGCAGAACAGCGGCAUUGGCCUUGGAAUGCGCGGCUCUACCCCGUUGGAUGUGGCCGCGGCGUCUUGCAUCGACAACAACGAGCUGGCACUGGCUCUCCAGGAGCAGGAUUUAGAAAUGGUGGUGAAAUACUUGGCUGGGUGUGGGCUUCAGAGCUGCCCCAUGCUGCUGGCUAAAGGCUACCCCGACAUCGGCUGGAAUCCCUGCGGUGGAGAGAAAUACCUUGACUUUCUUCGUUUUGCUGUUUUUGUCAAUGGAGAGAGCGUGGAAGAGAAUGCCAACGUUGUUGUGCGUCUUCUCAUUCGAAGACCCGAGUGCUUCGGUCCGGCUUUGAGAGGCGAGGGUGGUAACGGUCUGCUGGCUGCUGUGGAGGAAGCCAUCAAAAUAUCAGAGGACCCUGCGAGAGACGGUCCCAGCAUUAAAAAAGACAGACGUUUUCCCAUGUUUGGAGGAGAAGAGCAGCAGGAGGAGAAUCGAGUGCACCUGGGAAAUGCCAUCAUGUCCUUCUAUUCUGCUCUCAUUGACCUACUGGGACGAUGUGCUCCAGAGAUGCAUUUGAUUCAAGCUGGAAAGGGUGAAGCCCUUCGGAUCAGGGCAAUUCUGAGGUCCCUGGUUCCUAUUGAGGAUCUCGUAGGAGUCAUCAGUCUUCCUGUUCAGAUUCCUGCUUUGGGGAAAGACAAUAGCAUUAUAGAGCCAAAGAUGUCCGCCAGUUUUGUGCCAGACCACAAGGCCCCCAUGGUGUUGUUCCUGGACAGAGUUUAUGGUAUUGACAACCAGGAUUUCCUGCUGCAUGUGCUGGAGGUGGGCUUCUUACCUGACAUGAGGGCUGCCGCCUCUCUGGACACAGCCGCUUUCAGCACAACAGAGAUGGCUCUCGCUCUGAACCGCUAUCUGUGUACUGCUGUGUUGCCUCUCAUCACCAAGUGUGCGCCGCUGUUUGCCGGCAGUGACCACCGAGCCAUAAUGAUAGACUCCAUGUUGCACACGAUCUACAGGCUGUCUCGAGGGCGAGCCUUCACGAAGGCUCAGAGAGACAUCAUAGAGGAGUGCCUCAUGGCUUUGUGCAAAAAUCUGCGCCCGGCCAUGCUUCAGCACCUGCUGAGACGCCUGGUGUUUGAUGUGCCCAUCCUAAAUGAGUAUGCCAAACGACCACUGAAGCUACUGACCAGCCACUAUGAGCGCUGUUGGAAAUAUUACUGCCUCCCAAAUGGCUGGGCUAAUUUUGGAGUUGCCUCAGAGGAAGAGCUGCAUUUGACUCGCAAACUUUUCUGGGGUAUUUUUGAAUCAUUGGCCCACAAGAAAUUUGAUGCUGAAAUUUUCAAGAUCUCAAUGCCCUGCCUCUGUGCCAUUGCUGGAGCCAUUCCUCCAGAUUAUGUGGAUGCCAGCUACUCCUCCAAAACAGAGAAAAAGGCGUCGGUAGAUGCAGAGGGAAACUUUGAUCCUAAACCAGUUGAGACCACAAACACGAUUAUCCCUGAAAGACUGGAUCCCUUUAUCAACAGAUAUGCUGAAUACACCCAUGAUAAAUGGGCCUUUGAAAAGAUUCAAAAUAACUGGUCAUAUGGAGAGGUGUUGGAUGAGAAUGCAAAGACCCAUCCCAUGCUCAGACCAUACAAAACCUUCUCAGAGAAGGACAAAGAAAUCUACCGCUGGCCGAUCAAAGAGUCGAUAAAAGCCAUGCUGGCAUGGGAAUGGAACAUAGAAAAAGCUAGAGAGGAAGAGGAGUCGGAGAAGAAAAAGGCAGCUUCUAGAAAAAUUUCCCAGACUGCUCAGGCAACUUACGACCCGAGCCAUGGCUACAGUCCACAGCCUAUUGACGUCUCACACAUGGCUCUUUCAAGAGAUCUGCAGUCAAUGGCAGAGCAACUGGCCGAAAAUUAUCACAACACCUGGGGACGAAAAAAAAAGUUAGAGCUCCAAGCAAAAGGAGGCGGGACACAUCCUCUGCUGGUGCCUUAUGACACUCUGACAGCGAAGGAAAAGGCCAGAGACCGAGAGAAGGCUUACGAGUUGCUCAAGUUCCUGCAACUUAAUGGAUAUGCUGUCACAAGGGGCAUGAAAGACAUGGAGUCGGAGAUAUCGUCCAUUGAAAAGAGAUUUGCUUACGGCUUCCUGCAGAAGCUGCUGAAAUGGAUGGAAAUAGCCCAGGAGUUCAUUGCUCAUCUCGAGGCUGUGGUGAGCAGUGGACGAGUAGAAAAGUCUCCUCAUGAGCAAGAAAUCAAAUUCUUUGCUAAGAUACUGAUGCCUUUAAUCAACCAGUACUUCAAAAAUCACUGCCUCUACUUCUUAUCAACGCCUGCAAAAGUCCUGGGCAGUGGCGGCCAUUCUUCUAAUAAGGAGAAGGAGAUGAUUGCGAGUAUCUUCUGUAAAAUGGCUGCUUUGGUGAGGCACAGAGUUUCUCUCUUUGGAACGGAUGCUUCUGCGAUAGUUAACUGUCUUCACAUAUUGGCCCGGUCGUUGGAUGCAAGGACUGUGAUGAAAUCAGGUCCUGAGAUUGUGAAAGCAGGCUUGCGGUCAUUCUUCGAGAGUGCGGCUGAUGAUGUGGAGAAGAUGGUGGAGAACCUCAAACUGGGCAAAGUAUCGAAAGGCAAUCAGCAAGUGAAAGGCGUUUCCCAGAAUAUCAACUACACAACCAUCGCCCUGCUGCCUGUGCUUACCUCCCUGUUUGAUCACGUCGCUCAGCAUCUCUUCGGAGACGAUGUCAUGCUGGAUGAUCUGCAGAUUUCCUGUUAUAGAAUCAUGUGUAGCAUCUACUCAGUUGGGACGGUCAAGAACCCACAUGUCGAGAGGCAAAGACCAGCUCUUGGGGAAUGUCUGGCUCAUCUUGCUGCUGCAAUGCCAGUGGCCUACUUAGAGCCUCAUCUAAAUGAAUUUAACGCUUUCUCUGUGUACACCACAAAGACACCAAGAGAGAGAGCUAUCCUGGGUCUUCCCAAUGCGGUUCAAGAGUUAUGUCCUGACAUCCCACCGCUGGACCUUCUGCUAAAGGAGAUUGGAGACUUGGCAGAGUCGGGGGCCCGCUACACUGAGAUGCCUCACGUCAUUGAAAUCACUCUGCCCAUGCUGUGCAACUACCUGCCACGGUGGUGGGAGAGGGGACUUGAAAACUUUCCUGAGAUGGAGGGUCAACUCUGCACCGAGGUCACUUCAGAACAUCUGAAUCAACUUCUGGGCAGCAUCAUGAAAAUCGUAGUCAACAAUCUGGGUAUUGAUGAAGCCUCCUGGAUGAAGAGAUUGGCCGUGUUUUCGCAGCCCAUUGUGAGCAGGGCAAAGCCAGAAAUGCUGAAAUCCCACUUCAUUCCAACGAUGGAAAAGUUGAAGAAGCGCACGUCAAAGGUGGUGGCUGAAGAGGACCAUUUGCGGAUGGAGGGGAAAUCAGAGGGGGAUGAGGAAGAUGGGACGAUACGCGAUGAGUUUGCUGUGCUCUGCAGAGACUUGUAUGCCCUCUAUCCUCUACUUAUUCGCUACGUGGACAACAACAGAGCGAGGUGGCUGACCUGCCCUGAUCCAGACGCAGAAGAACUUUUCCGAAUGGUUGGAGAAGUCUUUAUUUUCUGGUCCAAAUCCCAUAACUUCAAGCGAGAAGAGCAGAACUUUGUUGUGAUGAACGAGAUCAAUAACAUGUCAUUCCUCACUGCUGACAGCAAAAGCAAAAUGAGCAAGGGCGGUGACACAGAGGGUGGAGGCUCAGACACCGAGCGCACCAAGAAGAAGAAACGUGGAGAUCGCUACUCUGUUCAGACGUCACUCAUUGUUGCUGCCUUGAAGAAGAUGCUGCCCAUCGGCCUCAACAUGUGCUCCCCUGCCGAUCAGGAGCUCAUCAACUUGGCCAAAAUCCGCUACUCUUUGAGAGACACAGAUGAAGAAGUCAGAGAGUUCCUGCAGAACAACCUCCAUCUUCAGGGCAAGGUGGACAACCCCUCCAUGCGCUGGCAGAUGGCCCUUUACAAAGAGAUGGCAGGAAAGGCUGAAGAUGCUGAUGCUCCAGUGAAAGUUGUCAAGAGAGUACAGGAGGUGUCUGCUGUCCUCUACCAUCUUGAAGUGACGGAGCAUCCUUUUAAAUCCAAGAAGAUGGUAUGGCACAAAUUGCUGUCCAAGCAGAGACGCAGGGCUGUGGUGGCCUGCUUCAGAAUGACGCCACUUUACAACAUUGCAAGGCACAGAGCUUCAAACAUGUUCCUUGAGGGAUACAAGCGCAACUGGAUUCAGACGGAGGGUUGCUCAUUUGAGGACAGGAUGAUAGACGAUUUAUCUAAAGCGAUGGAGCAGGAAGAAGCAGAGGAAGAAGAAGAGACGGAAACCAAGCCAGAUCCACUUCACCAGCUUAUUCUUCACUUCAGUCGAACAGCGCUGACAGAAAAGAGCAAACUCGAUACAGAUCAUCUGUAUAUGGCAUAUGCAGACAUUAUGGCAAAGAGUUGCCAUAUUGGUGAAGAAGAAGAAAUGGGAGAGGAAAUGAUGGAACAAUCUGAAGAUGAGAUGUCCUUUGAGGUGCGACAGUCAGAACUGGAAAAAGAAAUGGAGAAGCAAAGGCUUCUUUACCAACAGUCCAGACUUCAUAACCGUGGCGCCGCAGAAAUGGUCCUGCAGAUGAUAAGCGCCUGCAAAGGUGAAACUGGCCCAAUGGUGUCUACCACCCUCAAGCUGGGUAUUUCCAUCCUUAAUGGCGGAAACAGCGAGGUCCAGCGGAAAAUGUUGGAGUACCUGAAAGACAAAAAGGAUGUGGGCUUCUUUUUGAGUAUCCAAGCUCUAAUGCAGACUUGCUGCGUACUGGAUUUAAAUGCCUUUGAGAGGCAAAACAAGGCAGAGGGGCUUGGCAUGGUUUCAGAGGAAGGAACAAACUUGAACCUAGAUCGGGAUGAGAAAGUCAUGGCGGAUGACGAGUUCACUUGUGACCUGUUCCGUUUCCUGCAGCUCCUCUGUGAAGGACACAAUAACGAUUUUCAAAACUACUUGCGGACACAGACGGGAAGCACAACCAGCAUCAACGUCAUCAUCUGCACUGUGGAUUACCUCCUUCGACUCCAGGAAUCUAUCAGUGAUUUCUACUGGUAUUAUUCUGGGAAGGAUAUCAUCGAUGAUCCAGGCAAAAAGAAUUUCUCCAAAGCUAUGACAGUGGCAAAACAGAUUUUUAACAGUUUAACAGAGUAUAUUCAGGGCCCAUGUACAGGCAACCAGCAGUCCUUAGCUCACAGCAGACUGUGGGAUGCUAUUGUUGGAUUCCUUCAUGUGUUUGCCCACAUGAUGAUGAAGCUGGCACAGGACUCCAGCCAGAUUGCUCUGCUGAAGGAGCUUCUUGACCUCCAAAAAGACAUGGUUGUUAUGUUGCUCUCACUAUUAGAGGGGAACAUAGUUAAUGGUACAAUUGCGCGACAAAUGGUCGACAUGUUGGUGGAGUCCUCCAGCAACGUUGAGAUGAUUCUCAAGUUCUUUGACAUGUUUCUCAAACUGAAAGACAUUGUUGCCUCCGAUGCUUUCCGUGACUAUGUCACUGACCCUCGAGGGCUGAUCUCUAAGAAGGACUUCCAGAAGGCCAUGGACAGUCAGAAACAGUACUCCCUCUCUGAGAUCCAGUUUCUUUUGUCCUGCUCAGAAGCAGAUGAGAACGACAUGAUCAACUACGAGGAGUUUGCCAAUCGCUUUCAAGAGCCGGCCAAGGACAUAGGGUUCAACAUCGCAGUGCUGCUCACCAACCUUUCUGAGCAUGUGCCGCACGACUGCCGGCUGCAGAACUUCCUGGAGCAAGCAGAGAGUGUGCUCAACUAUUUCCGCCCAUUCCUUGGCCGUAUUGAGAUAAUGGGCGCCAGCAGAAAGAUUGAGCGCAUCUACUUUGAAAUCAGCGAAGUCAACCGCAGACAGUGGGAAAUGCCACAAGUGCGAGAGUCCAAACGGCAGUUUAUAUUUGAUGUCGUCAACGAGGGCGGUGAAUCGGAGAAAAUGGAGAUGUUCGUCAACUUCUGUGAGGACACCAUCUUUGAGAUGAAUAUCGCGUCACAGAUUUCAGAGCAGGAAGAAGAGGAGAAGGGAGAAGAAGAUGAUGAAGGAGAUGAAGGAGGGGGAGAGGGGUCAGCAGGCGGGGCGGCGGGUGGAGGUGGGGAUGAAGAUGGCAACGGCGACGAAGGGCGACCCGAAUCAACCUCAGCAUUUACAGACUUCCUCCACAGCAUGUCGAGCUUCCUCAGCAUCUUCACCUUCCGUAACCUCCGCAGGCAGUAUCGCAGAAUCAGAAAGAUGACCUUUAAGGAGAUCGUGGUGGCUUUGUCCAAGUUCUUCUGGGCUAUCUUGAUGAGCAUCCUGACCUUCAUUUACAAUGUGUGCAAAGGCUUCUUCGUGAUCAUCUGGCAAGCACUGUUUGGAGGUGGAUUGGUGGAGGGAGCUAAAAACAUAACAGUCACUGAGAUUUUAGCAAGUAUGCCAGAUCCCACGCAAGACGACGUGCACGGAGACGGGCCAGGGGAGCUGGGGACAGGGGAGGAGCAAGAAACUGGGGGGAUAACAGACACUGGUGAAUCCGGGAGUGGUGAAGAGGAAGAGGAGGACACGCAGGAAAAUGAAGGAGGAAGGAUUCCGGGUAUGGAUGCUCCAGGUGGACUUGGAGAUAUGGGUGUGGAGGAACCAGUUGAGCCUCCGACUCCUGAAGGGUCUCCCAUUACGAAGAGAAAAAUGCCAGGAGAAGAACCUGAUGCAAGCCAGAAGCCACCUGAGCCUGCUCCUGUGGAAGAAACCCCUCCAGAACCGGAAAAGUCUGAUGUUGAAACUGGUGAAAAAUCGGAGAAAGAAACCAAGAGCAAAGAAGAAAAGCCACAAGAACCAAGGAAAUCUGCAGCCAAGAAAGAGAAGAAGCAGAAGAAGCGAGAGGGUUUUCAAAUCUGGACUGAGCUGGAAACUCAGAGAAAUAAAUUCAUGAACUACCUCUCCAGGAACUUCUACAAUCUGCGAUUUUUGGCCUUGUUCCUUGCAUUUGCCCUGAACUUCAUUCUUCUUUUCUACCGGGUCUCCGAUACUCCACCUGAAGGGGACGAGAUGGAGGGAUCCGGACUGUCAGAGGGAAGCGGGUUGUUUGAGGGUUCUGGCUUGUUUGAGGGCAGUGGGGAUGAAGCUGAAGGAUCUGGAGCAGAUGGAGGAGGAGAAGACGAGGAAGAAGAUGUUCUACUUUAUUUCUAUUUAGAGGAGAGCACUGGAUACAUGCAGCCCACACUAUCAUUCCUAGCCAUUCUCCAUACAGUCAUUUCAUUUAUCUGUAUCAUCGGGUACAACUGUCUGAAGAUCCCGCUGGUGAUUUUUAAACGAGAAAAGGAACUUGCAAGAAAGUUGGAGUUUGAUGGCCUCUACAUCACUGAGCAGCCUGAGGAUGACGACAUCAAGGGCCAGUGGGACCGUCUAGUCCUGAACACACCCUCUUUCCCAAACAACUACUGGGAUAAAUUUGUCAAACGAAAAGUCCUGGAUAAGUAUGGAGACAUUUAUGGGAGAGAAAGAAUCGCUGAGCUCCUGGGCGUUGACUUAGCCUCCUUGGAUGUCAGUCAGCAACAUGAGAAGAAACAAGAGGAGCCAGACAACUCUGUGUUUGCAUGGGUGACUUUCAUUGAUAUCAAGUACCAGAUCUGGAAAUUUGGAGUUGUGUUCACAGACGGCACCUUCCUUUAUCUUUGCUGGUACCUGGUGAUGUCCCUGCUUGGUCAUUACAACAACUUCUUCUUUGCCUGCCAUUUGCUGGACAUUGCAAUGGGCGUCAAAACUCUACGCACUAUCCUGUCCUCGGUUACACACAACGGCAAACAGCUCAUGAUGACAGUGGGCUUACUGGCUGUGGUGGUGUAUCUUUACACUGUGGUGGCUUUCAAUUUCUUCCGCAAGUUUUACAACAAGAGCGAGGACGAAGACGAGCCCGACAUGAAAUGCGAUGACAUGAUGACUUGUUACCUGUUCCACAUGUACGUGGGCGUGCGUGCUGGUGGAGGAAUUGGAGACGAGAUAGAAGAUCCCGCAGGAGACGAAUACGAGCUUUAUCGAGUGGUCUUUGAUAUAACCUUCUUCUUCUUCGUCAUUGUCAUUCUGCUGGCCAUUAUUCAGGGUCUGAUUAUUGAUGCCUUUGGAGAACUCCGAGACCAACAGGAGCAGGUCAAGGAGGACAUGGAGACAAAAUGCUUCAUAUGUGGCAUCGGAAGUGACUACUUUGAUACAACCCCACAUGGCUUUGAGACCCACACCUUUGACGAACACAACUUGGCCAACUACAUGUUCUUCUUGAUGUAUCUCAUUAACAAAGAUGACACAGAACACACCGGGCAGGAGUCGUACGUGUGGAAGAUGUACCAGGAACGAUGCUGGGACUUCUUUCCUGCUGGAGACUGUUUCAGAAAGCAAUAUGAAGAUCAGCUUUCCUAACUGACAAAUAAACAAAAGAGUGUUUUUGGGAGGAGGGGAAGGUCAUGCCUAAAUCACUAUUCUAAUCAACCAGCAGGCCUAGCUGCACGCUCAACUAUGCAACACAAUUUUUCUAAUGUUCUUGACCCAAACUUCCCUCCCUGUCAUCUGUUCAUCCCUACGUAUCAUCUCUCCUGACCCAUCCUCCUUAUUCCUGUUUUAGGACCACUCAUGUCCAUCCAGUGUGGUUUAUUUCUAGAAGGGAUUUUAAUAGUUGCCAGUAUGUAAGAUUAAGUAAGCACACAAUGCACAUGUAAUAACGUUAAUAACUUUAGACAUAGCCAUAAUUUUUACAUUCAUUAGCAGUUUUUCCAAGUAUCCAUUUUUACCGUGUGAUUUCUUAAUUUAUUUAUUUCCAGUUUGGUCAUUUUGAAAUGCUGGAGUUUUAUUCUUUAUAUAACCUUACGUGUGGAUUUGUAGAUAAAUCUGUAAGCUUUCGCGUUGUAUUUUGGAUUAUACUCUGUUACAUCAUGCCUACCUGCCUGUAAGCCAUCGCUAACACUGUGUACAUCAUGGAUCACUAGUGAUGUGGCUGCAGCCUCCUUUUUUAUUCAGCAAAUGAUAAUGAAUGGAAACUAAAUGACACUUCAUUAUUAGGUAUUUUUUUAAAUGGGAAAUUAUUUGUACAGUCACCACACACCUAUAUACAGAAGAUUAUAAAACAACCAGAUUUUCUGAUGUGAACACAUGUAAUCAGAAUAAAUCUUUUUUUUUAGAAGUGUUCCUACUAUUAAAGUGUCAAAUGUAUUAUAAAUAUGGUGUCAAAAUUUGGUCAUAAUCAGAUCCUCAGUGACACGCAAUUUCAAGCGGGUGUUUGAAAUUGACAAAUUUUUUGAGGUUUUCUUCAAAAGCAUUUUGAAGAACACUUCAGAUAACAUUGAAUAAGUGUGCGCACCUUAAAACUAAUGCUUUAGUGAAGUGGACCCCAGUAGCUGGACUGAAUAUGGAAAUAUCUCUGUUUACUGGAAUCAAAGUAAGUUGACAACUGCUUUUUUUUGUUUGUUUGUUUUUAUUUUGUUUUCAUGUUUGCUGUGGAAAAGCAGCAAGGUGACGGAGGUGAUUUUCUGUCACAAUAUUGUCUAUUUAUAUUCAACCCUGAUUUUGUGUAUGUCAAACUGAUCUGAUAAUAAAGAAAAACAUGAGAAAAUCUCCCUCUCCACUGACUCUCUGCACACCGUGCAACAGUUUGCGUGCGACAGAUCAUCACAACCCAUUUUUACACCAAUCUGCUGAGCUACGGCUCUGCGGCGUCCCAGCUGACCGAGGGGGAUUAAGGGUGGGCAUUAAAAACUCACAUUGAAUCUCAUGUGCUCCAAACGUCCACAGAUAUUUGUCUCUGACAGCGCUGGACUGCGCGGCACACUCUGGAAUCAUGAAUGUCUCGGGGAUACACCACGGGGUGCUCAGGAUGUACGGUGGAUUCAUUUUCAAACAGUGGAAGAAACGUUUUUUGCGUCUGACUGCUGAAGGCAGUCUCUUCGUAUGCCAUGAUGCUCUAUCUCCACCUCACCAGAUUGUACUGCUGCAAAGUCACUGUGAGACAAUUGUUGAAGGCAAGGAGAUCCUGGACCUGCCAAAGUUACCUUCUGGUGCGUCCAGGGACAGCUGCUUCGCUCUGAUCCUCACUCAGAAUAAGUACCUGCUGCUGCUGACCGACACCCCCACAGACUGCAGUCAGUGGCUAAACGUGCUGAAGAAAGUCAAAAUGAGUCUGUCAUCAACCCUCAGCCCUUGUAAGCGCCAUCAGGUCGUUCCCCCACGCAUUACUCUUCAAGACCUGGUCCCCGAGCAAAUUCUGGACAAAGAUCCACCAACGCCACCUGUAAGUGACACGGAGGCACCCUCCCCAGGACCGACAAGCAACACUUCUCCAAGAGAGAAUUGCAGAAAUUUCCCUCAGACAAAGAAUUACAGACGGGGUGUGCAGGCGGUGGGAUGCCUGCGUCACGGCACUCUCAAUAAUGCCCAAGCGAUGAAGGCUGUUUAUAUGCUGAUGGGAGGGGCUGCUGCCUCCUCUGCCUUGGGUUACCUCGGAGCAUGCUCGUCCACUAAUCUGGACGUCAAAGCCGACCUGGCUGCCAGCACGGACUUCACCGGCACAGGACCUGUGGGGGCGUACGACCUCAGUGGCUCCUCUCUCAAUUCCCCCCAUUUCAACAGCUUUGACUUUGAGGUGGGGGACUCUGAUUUUGAUGCUUUUGAUUGUGGUGGGUUUACUUUUUAAGAAGCCAAACCCCUAGAUGAAAAUAUAUGGGAAUAUCACAAAGGAUUCCCUUUUUUUUUUUGUUGUUGUUGUUUUUUUUUUUUAAAUCAAAGUGAAAAAUCCAAAUGGAGUCUUAGAGUUCAGCCCAAUUUUUACUGAAAGCCGGUUUGGUGUUCUAGUGUUGCACAUUUGCCGGGUUUAACAGGCAGAGGAGACAAAUGUUACAAAGUGGUGAAAGGAUGAACUGAUCUGAGUGAUUAAUCUGAAGUGUAUCACAAUGAAGAACUCCCUCUCACUGACAUGUUGUAUUAUUCUUUAAAACACAGAUACCAGGCCAGAAAGCUAUGUCGUUGUGCUUUUUUUUUAUGUGUGUGUCUUUGAUUUCAGGCUGUUUAUGUUGUGAAUAUUAUUAUUCUGUUUUGUCUACAACAGUAAAAGUCAGUAAUCUGUCUCUGUUACACUGGUGAUGCGGUGAAUUACAUGAAGUUUAAGGAGCGUUAUUGUGUAACCCUCACUGGAUCAAAAUUGGUUUUCAGGAGAGUUUUGAUUUAGUGACUUUAGACACCAGAGAAACCACAGAGCUCAUUUAAAACCUUUUGUUUCCUCACAGCUUAAUUGCUUCACUACACUCAACCACUUGUUGUCAUCCUGUGGGUCUAUUGUUUGUUCUAUGAAAAAAAACUUGAUGUGACAUAAUUUAUUUUCAAAGAAUAAAGCUGGUUUUGCAACUUU